CUUUGGUCCGCCAUAACCAUUACCACCAUCGCCCUUCUUCUUCUCCUCUCUCUCGUCUCGCAUCAUCAAUUGGGUAGUGGUUGGUGCUUCUCUCUCAUUCUGACAUCGCCUCCUCUUCCUAUUAUAUUAGAUCUGCCCCGUUCUCCUCCUCAUUCUCUCUCUUCGCUCUGCUGGAUGCGGAAGAUGAUGGCGCGACCGGCCACUCUGCUGCUUCUACUAGUAGUAGCUGUGACGGUGGCGGAUGCGUCCAAGUCGAAGCAGAAGACGUGCGACAAGGGGUGGGAGUGCAGCGGGAGCGUCUACUGCUGCAACGAGACCAUCACCGACUACUUCCAGGUGUACCAGUUCGAGAACCUCUUCAGCAAGCGCAACGCCCCCGUCGCCCACGCCGUCGGCUUCUGGGAUUUCCAGUCCUUCAUUACCGCCGCCGCCCUCUUUGAGCCGCUUGGUUUCGGUACCACCGGCGACAAGCAGACCAAAAUGAAGGAGGUCGCCGCCUUCCUCGGCCACGUCGGCAGCAAGACCUCCUGUGGGUAUGGUGUUGCCACUGGCGGUCCACUAGCAUGGGGAUUGUGCUAUAACCAUGAAAUGAGCCCAAGUCAAGACUACUGUGAUCCAAACUACCUUUAUCCCUGUAUCGAUGGAGUUCAAUAUUAUGGACGUGGUGCUCUGCCUGUGUACUGGAACUACAACUAUGGACUUGUUGGUGAUGCUCUAAAGGUAGAUCUGUUGAGCCAUCCAGAAUACCUGGAGCAGAAUGCUACCCUGGCUUUCGAAGCUGCCAUCUGGAGGUGGAUGACCCCGAUGAAGAAGAAGCAGCCUUCGGCCCAUGAUGUGUUUGUUGGAAACUGGAAGCCCACAAAGAAUGACACUUUGUCGAAAAGGUUACCUGGCUUUGGGCUUACGAUGAAUAUAUUGUAUGGAGACAAUAUUUGCGGCCAGGGCUACAUUGAUCCCAUGAACAAUAUCAUAUCUCAUUACCAAUAUUACCUGGACUCGAUGGGAGUAGGGCGCCAAUUCUCUGGAGACAAUGUGGACUGUGCUGAACAGGUGCCUUUCAAUCCAUCAUACAAAGCUGCUACAUCCUAAGCCACCAUUAGUAAGCUGUGAGAAAUACCGGUUGAUUCUUCAGCCACAAUGCCCCAAAUAAAAUGUUGUGUCGAUUACCACUCUGCCGUAAGACAUGUUUGUUUGAACGCUUGCUGCUAAAGCUCGAGCAAGCAUCAUGUGUUAUUCUUUAUAGUAACUGAACUGCAUUCAGAAUUCAUCAUAUAUCAUUUGCAAUUGUCCAUCGUCCAAGUGGUGUCACUCAUUAUGUAUUCACUCAAAUGUAUAUGAUACCUACUCUCGUCUUUGUUGUGGAAUUUACAAUACAUGUAUAUCUAUGUUGUGUUUCAA